AUGAAUAACUCAUCGUUUCCAUACUACCUGGACCCGGAAUUACUUUCCGAAACAACCACUACAAAAGGUGUCCCAACAUCGCUCUCUUUGAGCCCCGAGCAGGAGAUGGUACGUGGAAUCUGGAUGGCGUGGUAUGAAUGCAAUGUCACCGUUAUGUCACAACCGUAUCCUAGCGACGGCGGGCUGUACUGUAACGCAACGUUUGAUGGCUGGGAUUGUUGGAACUACACGUCUGCAGGGACCCGGAUAUAUCAUGAUUGUCCUACUUUUCUUCGGCACAAAUAUGGCAGACCUUCAGGCCAAGCGUUCAAGGAUUGUCAGGAGGACGGAACGUGGCUGACCCAUCCUGACACUGGGCGGAUAUGGACCAACUAUACUCUUUGUGCCAGCAACAAGGAGACGCUUCAGAAGGUCAUUAGUGUGUAUUACAGUGGCUAUUCAUUAUCCAUCAUUCUCUCCGUAGCUGCACUUCUAAUUUUCUCCUACUUCCGACAGCUUCAUUGUAGUCGGGUAACACUGCAUAAGAAUCUCUUUGUCACCUACAUCUUAUCCGGGGCAGCCUGGAUCCUCAUGUAUGCCCUAAGGGCAAAUCCGGCCAUGGUGAAAGAGAACAAGCCAUGGUGCCAGGCACUGCACGUGGUCACGCAGUAUCUGACGAUUUGUAACUAUUUCUGGAUGUUUUGUGAAGGUUUUUAUCUACACACACUUAUCGUCUUCGCCUUCACGAACGACAAGCGACUCCUGGUCAUCUGUUACGUGAUCGGCUGGGUCGGGCCACUGAUCCCUACAGUGGUGUAUGCGUCAGUCCGUGGUUCUAAACCGGAACUACGUCAUGGUUGUUGGUCGCGUACAACAGAUGAAAAUUGGAUACUUACUGGGCCUGUAGUUGUGUCAUUAGUGGUAAAUUUUCUAUUUUUGCUAAACAUUUUACGGAUCCUGUUGUCUAAGCUGCGGGCGGUGAACUCCAAUGAAGCACAUCAGUCCAGACGAGCAGCGCGUGCCACCUUAAUUCUAAUACCUCUGCUUGGCCUGCAGUACUUCGUCAUCCCUUUUCAGCCCGACACGCCAUCACCUAUUUACGAUAUCAUAUCUGCCGUACUGACAUCGUAUCAGGGGGUACUGGUCGCGCUGUUCUUCUGCUUCUUUAACGGUGAAGUUAUAAACGUAGUUCGGCGGAAGUGGAAAUUAAUGAGGGAGAGAUUAGGCAGUGUGGACUUGAAGCGGAGCAAUACAUUCAAUGUGAGCCUUUUAGAGACAACGUAUGUUCCAAGAAAUACGUCUGCAAAUGGUUCAUUUCACAGGAAGGCCGACGAAAGAGCAGCAUCUGUGAAGGUCUGAGUUGUUCUAGUUAAACAUCUAUAAAAGUUGAUAUUCUGUUAGCUUGUUUUUCACUUA